AAACUGUCAAAAUAUAUACACUUUGACAACUAGCAGAGAACCACAACACUGAGUACUACAUACACAGAACCCAACUAUUGUUCCCCCAAAGAUGCCUAUCUUAGUCACGUCACCAUCAAGGGAACUGCAUUCACACAACAUGGACAUGGACGACAAGAGGAGAAAGCAGACAAAGGGAAGCGACUUCAAAUCCCGACUACAGCGCAGAUCUUCCCAAUCCCCCAACACUGAACGACUUAGCCCUGAGGAAAUUAUCCUGUGGUCCCAGUCUUUGGAGAGACUUCUCGCAUCGAAAUAUGGCAUGACAACAUUUCAAGCCUUCCUGAAGUCGGAGUUCAGUGACGAGAACAUUGAGUUCUGGCUGAUCUGUGAAGACUACAAGAAGAUCAAGUCGUCCUUCAGGCUGUCCUCCAGGGCCAAGAAAAUCUACAAGACAUAUAUAGAAGCCGAGGCUCCAAAAGAGAUCAACAUUGACCACAAGACCAGAGAUCUCAUCAGAUGGAAUGUGAAGACGCCCACCACAGUUUGCUUCGACGAGGCCCAGAGGAUUGUGUACAGAUUGAUGGAGAAAGACUCCUACCCCCGGUUCCUCAGAUCCAACAUCUACAGGACCUUACUGGACUCUGCAUCAGACUACAUUAAGGUGUAAAUGAAUACCAACGGUAGAAACUGGACCGAGGCUUCCAACAAUGGACUGCAAUGUUAGACAGCCAAGAAGGGUUUGCAAAUGGAAUUCCUAAGAAGAUGUUUUCAAAUGUCAAUUCUACUGGGUACAGAGAUAAGAGGCCAAAGGGAAAGGCUGGAAGAAACGUACAGAAGCGACUUUGAGUCCUUGCUGACAUUUGUGUCUAGUAGUCCAUGUGCUUCCACUUGAAAGAGAAACACAACAGGGGCAGCAGCUAGUGGUUAAGAGCGUUGGGCCAGUAACUGAAAAGUCGCUGGUUUGAAUCCAUGUGUUGACUAGGUGAAAAAUCU